GUAUAAAGGAUCGAGUCACAUCUUGGUUAAAGAAUAGUCUCAAUACACCAAGACGUAUGUGUGCAUCAUUUACCAGGGCUAGGUGGACUCUGAUACUAGAUAUAUCAGAUGCGGAAGGAUUAUGCGCUGAUAGGAUACAGUUUAAUAUAUGUGAGGCUUCAGCGACAAUGACUGCAAAGUCUUUAUGUACUUGCAUACCUCUGACCUCAAACUCUAAAAUGAAAAAUGAGUAUUGUUCUUUUGUUGCUAAUGAUAUAACAGCAUAUGCAAAGUCGGAUCUCGCCGAUCCCCUUCCACUAUUACCGGGGAUUUUAUACUGGAAUUCCCAUAUGGGUUCAAAAUUAUUGACACUAAGUGUAAAUGCGUCAGAUAAGAUUUUUGCCCAGAACUGGGACUUAAAAUGGUUUUCAGAAGGACGGCCACCAAGACAGACCGGAGAAGUUAUAAAUAGUAACACAGAGGUUAAUGCUGAUAGAGCUGUAGAUACAUCAAUAUCAUAA